AUGCAAUGCAAGAGAGCCUGCAUAGUGCCUCUAAAGUACCUCUGCAUAGUGUCUCCAAAGUAUCUCUGUACAGUGCCUCUAAAGUACCUCUGCAUAGUGCCUCCAAAGUACCUCUGCAUAGUGCCUCCAAAGUACCUCUGCACAGUGCCUUCAAAAUCUCUACCUAUCCAACAUAUCCAAUACUCUGAAAAGUUAGGAUCAACUUUUCAACAAAUAGAACAUAGUGACUGCUCUAUUCACAUUACUACCUAUUCUCCUAACACUACUACAGUUUUUGAAUCUGAUACUGAUACUGAACCCCUUAUAACUGAUUUUCAUAUCCCUACUCUUAGUUCUAUAGUUCCUUUUGGUAAUAUAUUUGACCAAGAGUUAGAUACUAAUAGUAUUAACGAAUUAGUACUUAAUCAAACUACACCUGUUGGAACAGAAAACUUAAAACAAAUUAACCUUCCUAUUUUUAAAACCACUAUCACCAUAAAGCCAGAAAAUCAAGCCAAUAAUAAUGAUAAUUAA